AUGAAGAGCACAAGGGGCACCUGGGGGCUGCUGCGCAGUUCACGGCCGACACCCGCUUCCGCGGCGGCGGAGACGCUGCGUGUUCCGUUCCCGCGCCGUACUUACGCGCUGAGCACGGAUGGCAGGAACAUCACGUCGUCUUCAUCCCUUCUCCGGGUGGGAUCGUCGCUGAGAAAGACGUACCUGCGUGCUGAAGAUGCCAAGGAGCUCGAACAGCGAUACCUGAAAUGGAUCACGCCCGCUGGCAAGGAUCCCUGGGAAUACAAUCGCCACCUUCUGCCGAGCUGGAAAGGCCUGAUGGGAGAUGCCAAUGUUGCGUUCAGCGCCAUCAAAACGCCCGAACGGCUGCUGACGACGUUCCUCACCCACAUGACCUACCCGUCCGAGCUGGGUCACAACCCGCGGAUCAACACCGACCCCUCGGGCAUCUUCUCCCACAAGCGGCUCUACCACUGGGCCGACGAGAACAUCUUUGGUCUGCCGCCCGUCGCUGUCGUGCGCCUUUCCUACCGCAACACCCUGCGGCAGCGGGAGAUACUGGUGGCCGAAGUGCACUGGUGGCGGCGCAUCCUGCGCGUGAUCAAGAUGGAGAAGGUGUAUUUGCGGGACGGCCAGGACUCGGUCGACCACAUCCUGGGCGAAGUGUCGGAGGACGACUACGAGCUGAGGAAGGAGGCGGCCGAGUAUGUCAUCCCGCCCCGCUGGCUCCACGAAUUCAAGAAGCUGCGGUGGCCGGAGCCGCCUUCGGUCGAGGAGCUGCGGUUCCCCGACCUGGACGCGGAGGAGCCGCCGCCGAAGACGCUCCUGCCCUACAACACGGAGCCCUUCCCGCACCCGCAGGCCUCCAUGCUGGGCCGCCCCUUCCGUGCCGACGAGACCGAAGCGGAGCUCGAGAGCCUCGACACCCGGCUCGACCCGUCCGACGAGACCGCCGCCGAUCUCGCCGUCGGCAACAUCUUCGUCAAGGUGGAGAACGAGGAGGACGCCACCGCCGCCUUGCCCCGGUCCUGA